AAUCAUAAAUGUAAAAGAAUGGAGAAUCUCAACUCCUUGUCAAAAUCACACACAGGGGAGAAGCGACAUAACUGUAUGGAAUGUGGGAAAUGUUUCACUGCAAGAAGUUAUCUUACUAAAGAUCAGCGAACUCACACAGGAGAGAAGCCAUACAAAUGCAUGGAAUGUGGAAAGAGCUUCAGUCAGAGUGGGACUCUGCGUAUCCAUCAAAGGACUCACACAGGAGAGAAGCCAUAUAUAUGCGUGGAAUGUGGAAAGAGCUUCAGUGAUAGUGGGACUCUGCGUAUCCAUCAAAGGACUCACACAGGAGAGAAGCCGUAUAAAUGCAUGGAAUGUGGAAAGAGCUUCAGUGAAAGUGGAACUCUGCGUAGGCAUCAAAGAACCCACACAGGGGAGAAGCCACAUAAAUGCAUGGAAUGUGGAAAGAGCUUCAGUCAGAAUGACAGUCUGUGUAUCCAUCAAAGGACCCACACAGGAGAGAAGCCACAUAAAUGCAUGGAAUGUGGAAAGAGCUUUAGUGAGAGUGGACAUCUGCGCAUCCAUCAAAGGACUCACACAGGAGAGAAGCCGUAUAAAUGCGUGGAAUGUGGAAAGAGCUUUAGUCGGAGUGGACAUCUGCGUAGCCAUCAAAGGACCCACACAAGGGAAAAUGCAUUAGAGAUCAAAGAGCUCACACACAGCUAGAGGAGACCUACCUUUAUGUUUCCUAGGGUCCCAGGUAGACAAGAAAUUAGGACGAUGGACAGAAAAAGGAAGGCUACCAACUUGCUCUCUAUCUGUCAUGUGCAGAAGUUUGUGUGGUCUGGUUGACUGAUUUUGUGUUCAGGACUCCCACAGAGGAGGAUUUUUCUCUGUGUUGCAGCCAGUUUGGAAGGGGUUGACCUGACCUUUUCCUCCGCAAGAAAAGCAUUGCAGGCUUCUGGGAUGAUCUGAGAAGGCUUUCUGAAAUGAGCAGCAGCUGAGAUCUCAUGACAAAAGGGUUCUGGAAAGGAACAGUUCCUUUUUAGUAGAUAACAUUGUGCAUCUUGCCCUGGAUCUAGGCUCUGCUCCCCUCAGAUCUAAUUCUGGACUCUGGUCUUGUUCCUAUUACCCUGUUCUGGACUCAAUUGAUUGGUGGACUUCAAAUUCUGGACUGACUAGUCGUCUUGAUUUAUGGACUUAUACUUCAGUUUGUCUCUGCCUCUAUGGCUUGAAUUUGGAAUUCUGACUUCGGUUUGUAGUCUCGCAUUCUUGGUAGUUAUGUUACUAACUGUAGUGAAUGGAUUCCUGACAUCUGACUAUUGGACUGCGACCUUGGCAAAUAUUUGUAUAUUUGUAAAUUAUGUGGUCAUAGUUUUAAUUGUAAGCCGCUUUUGGUCUCCUUCGGGAGAGAUACAGUGGGGGGUAAAUAA